AUGGAGAACGAGCUGCCAGUCCCCCAGACGUCCAGCAGCGCGGGCAGUGCCUGCUACAGCAGCAGCAGCGGUGGGAGUGGCCGGCCCUCGGGGCCCCAGAUCUCCGUGUACAGCGGCAUCCCUGACCGGCAGACCGUGCAGGUGAUCCAGCAGGCGCUGCACAGGCCGCCCAGCACGGCGGCCCAGUACCUGCAGCAGAUGUAUGCGGCCCAGCAGCAGCACCUCAUGCUGCAGACGGCCGCGCUCCAGCAGCAGCACCUCAGCAGCGCCCAGCUCCAGAGCCUGGCGGCCGUGCAGCAGGCAAGCCUGGUGGCCAACAGACAAGGGAGCACAUCAGGCAGCAAUGUGUCUGCGCAGGCCCCAGCCCAGUCAUCCUCGAUCAAUCUGGCAGCCUCCCCAGCAGCAGCUCAGCUCAUCAACCGGGCGCAGAGCGUCAACUCGGCAACAGCCUCGGGCAUCGCCCAGCAGGCUGUGCUCUUGGGCAACACGUCUUCUCCGGCCCUGACUGCAAGCCAAGCACAGAUGUACCUAAGGGCACAGAUGCUCAUCUUCACGCCCACGGCCACCGUCGCUACUGUGCAGCCUGAGCUCGGCACUGGCUCCCCCGCCCGGCCCCCCACCCCCGCCCAGGUACAGAACUUGACCCUCCGAACACAGCAACAACCAACUGCAGCAGCCUCGGGCCCUACCCCCACUCAGCCUGUCCUGCCCAGCUUGGCCCUGAAACCCACGCCGGGUGGUAGCCAGCCUCUGCCUACCCCAUCACAGGGCAGAAACACCGCUCAGGGUUCCCCUGCAAGUGCCAAGCCUGGCAUAACUGACAGCGUGAUGGAGCCACUCAAGAAAGGAGAUGUUAACAGCAGCGUGCCAGGGAGCAUGGAGGGCCGGGCUGGGCUCAGCCGGAUGGCGCCCGCUAUGGCCACCCACCCCCUCGUCGCACCAGCCUAUGCUCAGCUGCAACCGCACCAGCUCCUCUCGCAGCCGCCCUCAAAGCACCUGCAGCCCCAGUUUGUGCUCCAGCAGCAGCCCCAGCCGCCACCGGCGGAGAGGAGGCGGCCCGCCCGGGCCCGGGACCCCGCGCGAGGCGGCGCCCGGCCGAGGGGCUGCGUAGGCCCCGCCCGGCCAGGCCCAGCCGGGCCCUGGACAGAGACAGGGCAGGGCAUUGUUCAUGCACUGACCGACCUCAGCAGCCCCGGCAUGACCUCAGGGAACGGAAAUUCUGCCUCCAGCAUCACCGGCACUGCCCCCCAGAAUGGUGAGAAUAAACCACCACAGGCCAUUGUGAAACCCCAAAUCCUGACGCAUGUUAUCGAAGGGUUUGUGAUCCAGGAGGGGGCGGAGCCUUUCCCGGUGGGACGCUCGUCCCUGCUGGUGGGGAAUCUCAAGAAGAAGUAUGCACAGGGGUUCUUGCCUGAGAAACUUCCACAGCAGGAUCAUACCACCACCACUGACUCUGAGAUGGAGGAGCCCUAUCUGCAAGAAUCCAAAGAGGAGGGUACUCCCCUCAAGCUCAAGUGUGAGCUCUGUGGCCGGGUGGACUUUGCCUACAAGUUCAAGCGUUCCAAGCGCUUCUGUUCCAUGGCGUGUGCAAAGAGGUACAACGUGGGGUGCACCAAGCGAGUGGGGCUUUUCCACUCGGACCGGAGCAAGCUGCAGAAGGCGGGAGCCACGACCCACAACCGCCGUCGGGCCAGCAAAGCCAGCCUGCCCACACUUACAAAGGACACCAAGAAGCAGCCGGCGGGCGCCGUGCCCCUUUCGGUCACGGCUGCAUUGCAGCUGACGCACAGCCAGGAGGACUCCAGCCGUUGCUCGGAUAACUCAAGCUACGAGGAGCCCUUGUCGCCCCUCUCGGCCAGCUCGUCCACCUCCCGCCGGCGACAAGGCCAGCGGGACCUGGAGCUCCCAGACAUGCACAUGCGGGACCUGGUGGGCAUGGGACACCACUUCCUGCCAAGCGAGCCCACCAAGUGGAACGUGGAAGACGUCUAUGAAUUCAUCCGCUCCCUGCCAGGCUGUCAGGAAAUAGCAGAGGAGUUCCGUGCCCAGGAGAUCGACGGGCAAGCCCUGCUGCUGCUCAAGGAGGACCACCUGAUGAGCGCCAUGAACAUCAAGCUGGGGCCUGCUCUGAAGAUCUACGCUCGCAUCAGCAUGCUCAAGGACUCCUAGGGCUGGCGGGCGCAGCCAGGGUUCUGGCCCGGGGCUCCUCCUCCCGACUGAGCAGAGCCAGACAGACAUUCCUGAGGGGCCCAGAAAUGGGGCCAGUCGGAGGGAAGGGCUCUCCCUAUGGGGCGUGGCUGGUGAGGAGGUCUUGGCACCCCCUCAAUGGCUCUCAGGGGCCUUUCUUUCUGUGGGAGGGGCAGAGAGGUAGGUGGCACAGAAGAUGGGGCUUUAUGCUUGUAAAUAUUGAUAGCACUGGCUUCCUCCAAAGUCCCAAUACUCUAGCCCCGCUCUCUUCCCCUCUCUCUGUCCCCCAUUUUCCAGGGGGUAUACGGUCAGGGCUCCCCAACCUGAGUUGGGUUACUUUCAAGGGCAGCUGUCAGGCCUGGAUAGAGGCCUUGCAAGCCCUUGCCUGCCUUUCUCCCACUUCUUUCUCUGGGCCUGGCUAACUCUUCCGUUGCCGGCUUCUCCCCCUUCAGCCCGUUUCUGAAGCAGCCAGGGGUUCUCCCCCUUCACCCUCCGCAGGUGGAGAGAGAGAAGCUGGGCCCGGUUUGGCCACGCCUGCUGGCACAGACGCCUUAACGCUGUGUGUGUGACUGGAUGACUGUGUAGGAGCCUGGACUGGCAGGUGGGCCCAGAGCCACCCUCUGGCAUCUCCAGGUGUUCUGUAGCAAACAGCCACUUAGUGCUUUGUCCUGGACUCCACUCAGCCUCAGGAUGGGGAGUAGAACAGAAGGGCAGCCUCCGUGCAGAGAGGCGAGAUCAGAAAGCGAAGAUCAGGAGUGGGCACGCUGUCUCCGAAGUCCUUCCCACACUGUGAAGUUCCCCCCCCCCCCGACUGCCCUGCUGUGCCACACACAGCAUUAAGGGAGCUGCUGUGGGCCGGGCUGGGCCUCCUGGCCUGCCCACCUGCCCACCCGCCCUGGGAGCCCCAGAGUGGGGGCCCAGAGAACUUCUUGAGGGCAGAGAAGAGCCGGGGUGACAUUGUCGUGAAGAAGGCAGCCUUGGGCCUCCCGCUUCCACACUUCUUUGCCUCUUGAACUUGCUAGCAAUUUGAGCUACCUGCAGAGGAGGCAGGGCAGGAAGGGCGAGGGCCUGCCUCUGACUUGCCCUGCCCUUGGAGGCUCCUGGGGGGAAGAGCGGGGCUCUCCCCGGGAAGAGGGGGGGCACCUUUCUCAGCUUGUUCUAUUCCCCACUCACACCCCCAGGCAGGGUUGGAAAUGAAGGACUUUUUUAACCUUUUGUUUUUGUUUUUUUAAAAAUAAAUCUGUAA